CCAACAUUAGGAAUUAAUUCAAAUUUUGUACCAUGGUUACCAAAUUAUAAAACUGAAAAUAACUAUGUUAUUUUUUUUGGAUAAAACACUUCAAAUUAACCAUAUCACUAAUUAAUUAUUAUUACUGCAAAACGUGAAGAUUAAGUCCAUUAUGAACCUAAAAAGUGUGACUACUUAGUAUUGGUAUCAUUAAAAGCAAUGAUCGAUUAUCGAAAUGAUUAUUUAGCCCUUGAUGUGCCUUCUGUGGAUCCUUUAGUUGAUAAGAGACGAAAAAUAAAUUUUAAAAGGAUUUGGAAUCAGUUAUCGAAAUGCCAAAAAAGCUGCCUCUUGUGCUGUGUUACUUUAAUUCUCUUUAGUUUUUUAUAUUAUAUUAAUCAAAACGAAAAUAAUGGUUUUAUAUCAUUAAAUGAACAUGUAGACAACAAAUAUAUUUUAAAAAGUUUCAUAGAGGGCUCUAAUAAACUAGCUCACACUUCAGAAAAUUUACAUAAAAUAGAAAUUGAACAAAAAAGUGAAAGAAUUAGUAAAAAUGAUUUAGCUCCUAAAGAUGCACAUAUAUUUUUAGGUCCUACCACAGAAAGGCAAAGAGCUGUUGCAGAUGCUUUUAAGCAUGCUUGGAAAGGAUAUAAAAAAUUUGCAUGGGGCCAUGAUCAUCUUAAACCUAUUUCUGAGAGUUAUAGUGAUUGGUUUGGUCUAGGACUGACAAUUGUUGACUCUUUAGAUACUAUGUUCAUAAUGGGGCUUAAAGAAGAAUACAAGGAAGGCAGGGAUUGGGUUGAAAAACACCUAAAUUUCGAUAUUAAUAGAGAUGUUAACUUAUUUGAAGUAACAAUUCGUGUAUUGGGUGGUUUACUUAGUAUUUAUCAUCUAUCUAAAGAUGGUAUGUUCCUAGAAAAAGCGACUGACUUAGCAGAUAGAUUAUUACCCUGUUUUGAUUCCGAAUCAGGCAUUCCGUAUUCUGAUAUUAAUUUGUUUACAAGAAAAUCACAUUCACCCAAAUGGUCUCCUGAUAGUAGCACAUCAGAAGUUACAACUAUACAGUUAGAAUUUAGAGAUUUAAGUAAAGCAACAGGGAACUCUAAAUAUGAGGAAGCUGUGCAUAAUGUUUCAAAAAUAAUUCAUAAAUUAGAUAAAAAAGAUGGUUUGGUACCAAUUUUUAUUAAUGCAAAUUCUGGUCAGUUUAGAACAUAUGCAACUAUUACUUUAGGCGCACGAGGUGAUAGCUAUUAUGAAUAUUUACUUAAACAAUGGAUACAGACUGGAAAGGUGAUAGAUUACUUAAGAGAUGAUUAUUUAGAAAGUAUAAAUGGUAUUGAAAAACAUCUUCUAAGAAAAACUGAACCGAAUGGUUAUACAUUUAUUGGAGAACUUUUGGGAGGUGGCAAAGACUUUAAACCAAAAAUGGAUCAUCUCACUUGUUAUCUACCUGGAACUCUGGCACUAGGAGUACAUAACGGUUUACCAAAAAAUCAUUGGAUUUUGGCAGAGGAAUUACUAAAUACUUGCUACCAAACAUACGCUCAACAACCUACUUUUUUGGCCCCAGAAAUUACUUAUUUUAAUUUACAGCCUGGAAACACAAAGGACUUAUACGUAAAAUCUAAUGAUGCACACAACCUCUUACGCCCAGAAUUCAUUGAAAGUCUUUGGUAUAUGUAUCAAUUUACCGGUAAUACUACUUAUCAAGACUGGGGUUGGAAAAUAUUUCAGGGCUUUGAAAAAUAUACCAAAGUUACCAAUGGUUACACAUCAAUUGGAAAUGUUAGAAAUACUGCUAAUGUCAGGCCAAAAGAUAUGAUGGAGUCCUUUUUUUUAUCUGAAACAUUGAAAUAUUUGUACUUGUUAUUUAGCAAUGAUCCAAAAAUGUUGAAUUUAGAUAAUUAUGUUAUCAAUUCUGAGGCACACCCACUGCCAAUUUACUUAAAGUGAAAUUUAAAAUUUUGUCUUGACUCGUCUAGUCCAUUUUUAUUUAAAUAUAUAUAUACAUGUUAACAAUUUUUAAUUUGAUUUUGUUGUGGUCUUUUUAGCAAUAAAAAUUUCCAGGUUACAUAUUUCGG